CCGACCAGCCUACUGGUUUGACAGGAAUCUGCCCGAUGGGACAACCGAUUAUAACCCAAGACUAUGGAGCCUGGGCUGAUACACGCUGUAGUCCUAUACGGCCAUGCCCUAAACAAGGCUUUUGUAACGUCGACCGAAUGGAUUUUUACGCAACGUGUUGCAGGACAGAUCCAGACAGUCCAUCAAAACCUGGCUCCUGCCCAGCCAAGACAACCAAUGACACAUCGUUUUGUGUGGAUAAUUGCAACAAUGAUGGGGAUUGUCGAACAGAUUUAAAGUGUUGCCAAGAUGGCUGCAGACGAUCUUGUCUUUCUCCUGACAUCGGUUGUGAGACAAAGGUACAUCAUUUCAUAGUAUUCAUUUUAACAUGGGAUGCAGUGGUUUUGCAUCGGCAACCGGGUCGCCCAUUAGCUUGUCUGUAG